AGUAUCUGGGUCAAUUGUCGAACAAGAGGUCUGAUAUCUGUGGUUUAAAUACCAAAGUUUAGACAAAAUUGUUCAUAAUUGUUGGAUCAGAGUCUAGCUCGCAAUGGCAGGCUUGACUGGAUCACCAAUACGUUUCAUAGUCUUUGCUGCUCUAUUGUCGCCAUGGGUCCUGCCGGGACACGCAAGCGGCAACAUGAAUGGUAAAUAUCUGGUUGCAAGUGGUGGAAACCAAGGCGUACCAUUUAAUGAUGAUUACUCUAGCAAAGGUCAUGAGUAUUUCGACGUGUACUCUCCAGAAAUUGCAACUCACUAUGGCGAAGUAUUUUGGACAGAUCAAGGAAACAACCCAAUACCUAAGGAAAUCAUCGAGAGAUUUAAAGGAAAAGUAAUGGCGAUUACCGGUUACGAGCAAGACCAGGUCAUGGUUUCUCCAGUUGGUCAGCCCGGGGUCAAUCCAGACGCUGACGUCUCUGUGCCCAUAAAUUGGGCAUACAACCAUCAUUAUAUGGCGUGGAUGACAGGAGCUCAUUCUGAAAUGGUUCGUAUACCAAACCCAGAUCCUAAUGACGUCAGUGCGCAUGGUUCACCGAUGAAAUGGAUGGCAGUAGAUCUACCCUCGGCUGACGAACGUAUAAAUAGGAACAUUCCAACUAGUCAAAUGUUUAGCGAGGGAAAUGGAGGAGAAUCGAGAAAGAGUUUUCAUGGCUAUCCUAACGGUUAUGCUCAGUUGAUCGACUCCCCAAAUAUGUGGCAUAUAACGCCUAUGCAAAUUGAUACCAGAAAUCGUGACUGUGGAGCUACUCCAAAAGAUAUCAAUAAUUGCACAGAUCACAGUGUGCCUGGACCUGAACCUAAACAGGCGCGUUAUGGUCUUGGAAUGCCUAAAGGUGGAUCACCUUACUCUGGAAUUCUCGAGUGCCCAUGUAAUAGUCGAUACGGUGGGGAUCCUGCCAUUUAUGGUAAAGAUUCAAAGACGAAAAUUAUAAGUCAUCACUACACCUGUGUUUCGAAAGCGACAUGUAAUGCAGAUAUUGUUGCAAGUGAUGUUGAAUGUUUUGACUCGGUUAGUAAUCUCGGGAUAACUGCAGGAAAGAAGGUGACAGUAUCAUCACCGACGAAUUCUGUACCACAAGGAUGCACAGCUCAAGUAGCAUCUGAUGGUACCUGGACAGUAACGUACAACCGAUUCAAAAGUUCUGCUCAAUGUUCAACCUCACCUACCAGAUCAGGUACUGCGGAAUUCUCAAUUGGAGUAAAUGCAACAAUUAGUCUCAACAGUACAUCAGCCAUGAUUACCUUAUCUGGACCGUCAGACGUUUGGUUUGGAACCGGUUUCAAUGCAAGUCAAAUGUCUGAUUCACCGUACACAAUUAUUGUGAAUUCAACGGGUGUUUACGAGCGCCAAAUUGGAACUUGUGGAAGCGAAGCUGAACAUUGUCCAGGAGAUCCACUACAAUCAAGUGUGCAAGUUGUAUCAAGCAAAGUAGCAGAUGGGAUAAGGACAGUUAUACUGACACGGUCACUGAAAGGAAAGACUUCAAAAUACUACACAUUCGAUCCGUCAACACAAUCACAGAUAAACAUGAUAUCCGCGAUUGGAUCAACUCAGGAAUUUGCUUACCACAAAAACAAAACUUCUGGAGUUUUGGCACUUAUGGAUAAAGAUGCACCAAAUUGCAUUUGUGACAUGGGAAGCAUUGGCAAAUUGUGUGAAACGAACGGGUCAUCAUGUGACACUUUUACAAAGAACUGCGUACCUGCUCCUGCUGGUGAGCUCCUUAGUCAGCACAAUCCAACAUGCAAUUCGAAGCAAUAUUCAGGUGGCUUACGGUGUUGUAAACAUAAGCGCAUAAUGCUUGACGCGGAUCAGCCAAUACGACCAGAACUAUUGAGAUACCAUAUGAAGUUCCGAUUCUGGUUUCAGGUUUACGAAGCAGAGGGUGAACAAGUUUCUCAUUAUGAUCUUCCACGUAUAUAUUAUCAGACUGAAGCCUGGGCUGGCGAGUACGAUAUUCCACCAGCGUUUGCUCUGCCAGGUAAACCUAUACCAGGUUAUCCUAACUGGCCAGAAAAAACUCCUACCCCCGGAACCACGUGCACCGGAAAUUGUCCAGAUGGCGAUGACUGCGAAUGUGUUCAUACUAUUGUAUUUAAAUGGACUGUUAGCAAUAUGCGGCUAAUAUACGCCGGUGGACAUUGUCAUGCUCCUGCUUGUAUCUCUAUGGAGUUGUACAGAAACGAUACAGGACAUAAUAUGGAGUUGCUAUGUCGACAAAUUCCAGUUUUCGGAAAGGGUAACGUAACCCACGACAGGUUUGAUGAGACUGGCUACAUUGCUCUCCCACCUUGUCUAUGGGGUAACGAUAAAGGACUGAACCCAUCAUUGUUGCUGCCUCCAAAUACACCGUUGGUGUCGAUAAAACACAACCGGAACACACAUAUGGGUCAUUACGGUGAAAUGGCAUCCUGGCAGAUGAGAGGUGUUAAUUUUUGAUUAAACACUCUAUAACAUGUUCUUGACGAAUCAUGACAACAAGAAUUAUAAGCUAUACUGUAGUGUAGAUAGGAUAUUACAAACACAACUACUUUUAUAUACAAUAUUGUUUAAAAUGCAAAGAAUCUGAAUCAACUCGUCUUUUUUAUACCUUUUAAUGUAGAUGUAUUUUGCAAACAUUAUGAGAUCGUCUAAAAUAUUUCUAUUUCGUACAUAAACAUCACGUUUCAUUUCCUUCCUUGUGGGCUAUUUAAAAAAAGAAAUUGAAUACCACUCUACGUAUAUUUCGAAGUAAUGGCAUCAUAUGAAAUUAAAUGUAGAUAUUUGCUUUCAAA